UUCCCACUGACAAAUGGCAAUCUUUGCUGAACUGAGGUAGAAAUCAGUAAUGUGUAUGCAUUUUGUUUUCAUGCUAUGGAAGUAUGGGAAGUAUGCUGCUGUAUUAAUUUGUAUUUCAUUAUUACUUCAGAGAGCCAACUAGUAAUUAAUCGUUUAAAACGUUUCAAUGUUAUACUGAGAGGUUUCAUGAGCUAAGUGCGUAAUGUUUGCUGCACUGUAACGAAGGAACUAGUGGUAGUGGUGAUGUAGGGCAGAAAGUAUUUAUUUUAAUUUGACGACGAACAAACAACCAGUUUUAGUUUUAUAAUGGCUCACGGAUCUGGAGUGUUGUCGUCUGAUAUCAGCAGAAGAAAUCCACAAGAUGAAUAUGAACUAAUUCAGCGAAUAGGAAGUGGGACGUAUGGUGAUGUUUACAAGGCAAAACGGCUAACCACAAAUGAUCUAGCAGCAAUCAAAGUCAUCAAAUUAGAGCCAGGCGAUGACUUUGCCAUCAUCCAACAAGAAAUCCUUAUGAUGAAGGAUUGUCGGCACCCAAAUAUAAUUGCUUACUAUGGCAGCUACCUGCGCAGAGACAAAUUAUGGAUUUGCAUGGAAUAUUGUGGGGGCGGGUCCCUUCAAGAUAUUUACCACAUUACAGGUCCACUGACUGAACUACAAAUUGCUUAUAUGUGCAAGGAGACUUUACAUGGGCUGGCCUAUUUGCACAGCAUGGGGAAGAUGCAUAGGGAUAUAAAAGGUGCCAAUAUCUUAUUAACUGAAUCAGGUGAUGUGAAACUGGCUGAUUUUGGUGUUUCUGCACAAAUUACAGCAACAAUAAACAAGAGGAAGUCAUUCAUUGGAACACCGUAUUGGAUGGCACCAGAGGUCGCAGCUGUUGAGAGAAAGGGAGGCUACAAUCAGUUAUGUGACAUCUGGGCCAUUGGCGUAACUUCGAUUGAGCUUGCCGAGCUGCAGCCUCCAAUGUUUGACCUUCACCCUAUGAGGGCAUUGUUUCUCAUGUCAAAAAGUGGCUUCAAGCCUCCUACAUUAAAGGAUAGAGACAAAUGGAGUCCUACAUUUCAUAACUUCAUAAAAGUAGCAUUAACUAAAAAUCCCAAGAAAAGACCAACAGCAGAAAAGCUAUUGCUGCAUCCAUUUUUCCAAAGUGAAAUGAGUAAAAGACUUGCAGUGGAGCUACUUCAGAAAGUAAGCAACCCAUCGCACAUGUUCGCCGAACUGGAGGCAGAUGAUGAUGGGGCAGUUCCAAAUGUUCCUCAGAGAAUAGCAUCAAAACACACAUCAGUUCGAGCAAAAUCAAGACCGAUAACAGACGUUGCCAUCAACCAUAAUAGGGUAUGUUCACACAGUGAUCAGACUCUUCAAAGAGACAUUGAUGCUGUGCAACCCAUGACGUCUCAUUAUGCAGAUGUCUCAAGAGCAUGGGACAUCAUGGAUAUUAUGAAUAACAUAGAGACGGUACAUAACUGUGAUAAUACGGAUUGGAUGAAAGAGAGUGUUUUUGAAGAAACUAGCCACACCCAUGAAAAGAGUCUUUUGCAGUACAUUGAUGAAGAACUUAUACUCAGGGGAAACCGAGUACACCAACUGUCUGCACAGGAAGAUUUGUAUUCACAACAGGCAACAUUGCCAGUUGGGGACUCUGCAAAUUCAACUAGUCAUGAGCGCCAAUGUGACAUUCACAGAGGCAUCAACUACUUCAGUCAUGUUUCAGGGGCGGGAGGUUCCCCAAGAAGGCAUAGUUCAAUGGAUGAAAUGUUUGGACUAGUGGCAACAUUGACAUUGAAUGGCCAGCGUCAACGAUCUCUUAGUGAUAGUGGUGCAACCGGCAAGGACACUUGCACCAGUGGUGAUGGGUUGGGUUCUGGCCCAGAACCUGACCUUCUCUCUGACACUCCACCAGUACCGCCUAGACGAAGGGAGAAGAAACGGCAUACUCCUCCACGGCCUGUCAGUAAUGGACUUCCUCCAACCCCAAAAGUCCACAUGGGGGCUUGCUUUUCCAAGGUGUUCAAUGGUUGUCCUCUACGUAUCCACUGCACUGCAAGCUGGAUCCACCCAGACACAAGAGACCAGCAUAUACUCAUAGGUGCUGAGGAGGGUAUCUACAACCUUAACCUCAAUGAACUCCAUGAAACUGCUAUAGAUCAACUUUAUCCACGCAGAACAAUAUGGAUGUAUGUCAUCAAGGACGUUUUGAUGUCGCUCUCAGGCAAAACACCUCAGCUCUACCGACAUGACUUACUAGCAUUACAAAGCAAGCAGACACACAGGUUCUCACUUCAUAUGAACAAAAUUCCAGAAAGACUAGUACCCCGCAAGUUUGCGCUCACCACCAAAGUCCCUGAUACUAAAGGAUGUACAAAAUGCUGUGUUGGCAGAAAUCCUUAUAAUGGUUACAAGUACCUCUGUGGGGCUAUGGCAUCUGGAAUUUUCCUUAUGCAGUGGUAUGAUCCUCUCAACAAAUUUAUGCUUUUAAAGCAUUUUGAGUGUAUUCUGCCAACACCACUCUCAGUAUUUGAGAUGGUCAUCACCCCUGAAAUGGAGUAUCCUAUGGUGUGUGUCAGUGUAAAACAGGCUUAUGAGCAAAAUAGACUGAAGCUUGAUCUCAUUAACAUGAAUUCGGGUGCUAGUUGGUUUCAUAGCGAUGAACUGGAAGACAUGGACGGAACAGCUACAGUUGUACCUCGACGAGAAUACAUAAAUGUCAUUAAUGUUUCACAACUGGAGAAAGACGCCAUCUUAGUUUGCUAUGACAAUAUGGUUAAAAUUGUGACACUUCAAGGUAGACCAAAGUCUAACAGAAAACAGAUACCACAACUAAACUUUGAUUUUGCAGUGGAAUCAAUUGUCUGCCUGCCCGAUAGUGUAUUGGCGUUUCACAAGCAUGGAAUGCAGGGUCGCAGUUUUAAGAAUGGAGAAGUAACGCAAGAAAUCGUGGACCAGAGCAGAGUUUACAGGUUGCUCGGUUCAGAUAAGAUUGUAGUUCUGGAAAGUCACCUCUGUCAGGAAGUAACCAGAGGAGGCACACUGAGUGAAGAGGGUGCAGACCUCUAUAUCCUUGCAGGGCAUGAGGCAAGCUACUGAAUAUGCUGCAAGGAUGGUUGCCAGUGCCGCGUAUUUUUAGUUGUGUCCUACUGGCUGUGUAUGAAGUGCGCUACGGACAAAGGUUUGUUGGGAACACGAGCGUUUGGACCAGUAACAUGGUAACUGGUACAUGCAGCAUACUCAAGGUCGGAUUAACGUGAAACUGGAACACAGCAUCAGAAUAUCAUGCUAAUUCUUAUUUAUUUCACUAGAACUAUGUCACAGUUUGAGAUAUGAAGGAUUUCCAUUUUAGUGUGUUAUUCAGUGUCACAUCCUCGUAAGAAGACAUUAUUUAUUUGUUUCUUUGUGUUACGUGUGGGAAUUCCCGAGACUGCUAUUAGAAUGUGAGUUUGGAAGUGUGAGUGUGUGUCUGUGAGUGGCGUGAGAGUAAUUACCAAUUUACCCAACAGUGCAAUAGAUACGGUGAUACAUUGAUGACCUGAGAUUAGAUAGGAUGCUGCCAAAAUUUCUGUUAUUUUCUGUAUAAUAAGAAAAUUAAACGUUUGUCAUCAUAUUGCAUGCUCUUGUAAUAGCUCUGCUUUUAGCCCAAUUUUGCUCAAAGAAUGUUAUAUCAAAACGUUUGCGUAAGAAAAUGCUUCCACUAUCCGGUACUGGUACAGAAAAAUACUCAUCAUGUCUGCCGAGUAGUUAAAACUUGUUUGUGCUUGUAAGAUUUGAGGUUUUCACA